CACACACACACACACACACUCGGCCACACACCUGUGAGAGGACAAGCUGUGCAGAUGAAGCUGAAGCUGCCGAACCCGGGCCUGGACGGCCGGAUCCCGUCCCACCAGCAGCUGGAGAAGAUGGAGCUGGAGGAGGCCGGGGACCGGCCCAAAUGGGACAACAAGGCCCAGUACAUGCUCACCUGCGUGGGCUUCUGCGUGGGCCUGGGCAACGUCUGGCGCUUCCCUUACCUGUGCCAGAGCCACGGCGGAGGUGCUUUCAUGAUCCCGUUCCUGAUCCUGCUGGUUUUGGAGGGAAUCCCUCUGUUGCACCUGGAGUUUGCGAUUGGCCAGCGUCUGAGGAAGGGGAGUGUUGGGGUGUGGACAUCCAUACACCCCUAUCUUGGUGGUGUAGGAAUUGCGUCCAUGCUGGUGUCCUUCUUAGUGGGCCUGUACUACAACACCAUCAUGGCCUGGGUCAUGUGGUACUUAUUCAACUCCUUCCAGGACCCUCUGCCAUGGAGCCAGUGUCCCAUCAAUGCAAACAGGACUGGUCUGGUGCCAGAAUGCGACCGUAGCUCCCCGGUGGAUUACUUCUGGUACAGGGAGACGCUCAACACCUCAGCGGCCAUCGAGGAUUCGGGCGGCCUGCAGUGGUGGAUGGUCCUGUGUCUGGCGUGCGCCUGGACCGUGCUGUACGUCUGCUGUAUCCGAGGAAUAGAGACCACCGGCAAGGCAGUGUACAUCACGUCCACCCUGCCAUACCUGGUUCUCACCAUCUUCCUGGUCAGAGGAUUGACGCUCAAAGGUUCUGUGGAUGGAAUUAAGUUUCUCUUCACCCCAGAUGUGGAAGAGCUCAUGAACCCGUCCACCUGGCUGGACGCAGGUGCUCAGGUGUUCUACUCAUUCUCCCUGGCUUUUGGAGGUCUCAUCUCCUUCUCCAGCUACAACUCAGUGCAUAACAACUGUGAGCAGGAUGCUCUGAUUAUCUCGGUGGUGAACGGCUUCACGUCCGUCUUCUCCGCCACUGUCAUCUACUCCAUCAUCGGCUUCCGCGCCACAGAGAAGUUCGACGACUGCCUGGCCGGAAACAUCCUGUCUCUGAUGAACACUUUUGACCUUGCUGAAGGCAACGUCACCGAGAGUAACUAUGCAGAAGUUCUUCAGAGCCUCAACAGCACGUCUCCUGAGAUCAUUCAGGGGCUGAGUCUGAAGACCUGCGAACUGAGCACCUUCCUCAGUGAGGGUGUAGAGGGGACUGGCCUGGCCUUCAUCGUGUUCACAGAGGCUAUAACUAAGAUGCCCGUGUCUCCCCUCUGGUCUAUACUGUUCUUCAUCAUGCUGUUUUGCCUGGGGCUCUCCACCAUGUUCGGGAACAUUGAGGGGGUGGUGGUCCCGCUGCAGGACCUCAAGAUCCUCCCCAAAAAAUGGCCCAAAGAGGCUCUCACAGGUUGCACGUGCCUGAUAUCCUUCGCCCUGGCCAUGAUCUUUGUGCAGAGGUCAGGUAACUACUGGCUGGCCCUGUUCGACAGCUUUGCUGGCUCCAUCCCACUCCUGGUGAUCGCAUUUUGUGAAAUGAUGGCUGUGGUUUACUUGUAUGGUGUAGACAGGUUUAACAGGGAUAUCGAGUUCAUGAUCGGGCACAAGCCCAACAUCUUCUGGCAGGCCACCUGGAGGGUGAUCAGCCCCCUCAUCAUGCUGGUCAUCUUCCUCUUCUACUUCGUCACCAAACUCAGCGCAGAGCUCACGUACAUCGUGUGGGACCCCAGCUCCGAGAACUUCCCCACGCUGGACACCGUGCUGUACCCGAGCUGGGUCCCCGUCGUCAUCUUCAUCCUGGCGGGGAUCCCCAGCCUAGCGGUGCCCGGCGUCGCCCUGUUCAAAUUCACCUACGGCCGCUGCUGCCGGAAGGAGCAGAGGCACAAACGGUCCAUCAGCACCGUCUCCGAAAAGGUCGACCCGUAAACCGGUCCCGAACCCCUUCAACGGCAGCGCUUCCGGUAGUGCCUCCUCCGUACCCAGGUGCCCUAACAGGUACCUCAGCUCUGCACGCUUGCACGCGAGGACUCUCUGUCGCUUAUGUUUGGUGUGACAUCAUUGCACUUCCUGAAAGCUGGGCUGUAAGCAAUUGUACAUAAAAAAACACAAAUCAUGUGUGCCAUGCAUCACAACAGAUGUAAUGAAAAUGAAAUAUAUUUUUUUGACAUAGAAAUGUUUAUAUAUUCCUUUUGUGUAAAAUGUAAUUUAAAUAA